AUGGGACUGUCGAUUAUUUGCCUGGAACAGGUAUAUAAUGUGACAAAGUUCUUGGAGGACCAUCCUGGUGGUGAUGAUGUCUUGUUGUCUGCAACAGGAAAGGAUGCAACUAAUGAUUUUGAGGAUGUUGGCCACAGUAGCAGUGCAAAAGCCAUGAUGGACGAAUACUACGUAGGAGAUAUUGAUUCAUCAACCAUCCCCACCAAGGUCACAUACACUGCUCCCAAACAGCCUCACUACAAUCCGGAUAAGACGCCGCAGUUUAUUAUCAAGCUCCUCCAGUUUCUAGUUCCCCUUGUAAUCUUGGGUUUGGCUGUUGGCAUUCGCUUCUAUACCAAAUCUGCAUAAUUAUUGAAUCCACAAGAGGAAAUUAGAGAGAUCCUUACAAUAAGUUCAUGUAUGUGGUGGAUGAUCCAUUGUUAUUCGUUUUUUUGUGUGUCUGGAACCGUUGAAAUCAAGGGAUGAAAUUGAUAUUUGACUU